CCACAGCCACCGUCCAAAACAGCAUCACCAGCCCUCCGCUUCACUCCUGCCCAUCCAUGGCCGAUACAGAGGGUCAGACUACAGUUCCUGCAAAAGGUGAAACAGGGUCAACAAACCCAGACUACAUUGCCUUCGUCCUGGUGCCUACUUUCUUCCUUCUUGGCCUGUUGGGGGUGGUGAUCUGCCACGUGUUGAAGAGGAAGGGCUAUCGGUGCACCACUGAGGCCGACGAUGAGGAGGAGGAAGAGAAGGAUCCUGAGCUGGGCGGAGACAUGAAUGACACCCUGAGUGAAAACAAUGACACCGUCGGGCAGAUUGUACACUACAUCAUGAAAAAUGAAGCAAACUCGGACGCUCUGAAAGCCAUGGUUAAUGAUAACAGCAUUGACUCUGAUGGUCCUCCACUCACCCCCACCUCUCUUGGCACCCCGACCCCUCCGUUGACUCCCAUAUCACCGGAUGCACCGCCGGGAGCCGCCAAGCACACCUGCAGCCACCUGCACACCAUCAGCGGCCUGGGCGGCCAUAAGAACACCUGCACCCGCUGCAGCCAGAAGAAAUGGCCGCUCAUGAGGAGGCCGUCCCCCCGCAAGACGGAGCAACGGCGCAGCCAACUCGGAGAGGUCACGGUCCUGGCUGUGGGCAGGUUCCGGGUGACGAAGUGUGAAAAACCGACCAGGGAUAGGCGGACGCUGCUAAUAUCGGACUCCAAUGGGAGCGUUCCUUCGUCUCCUACGGCGACGGAGCCCAAGAGCCGGACGACGUCUGAGUCCCAGCAGGAACAGACGGACAACCUGGACAAAGAGAAAAGAUAGCAUCUAGAGGAUCCAGAGGGGAGAAGACAACAUCUGGGCAAAUCCCAAACCCAAACAAGAACAAACAACAACGCCGGAGGAGGGAAGUCGACUGGGGAGUCGUCCCUCCACACUCCUGCUCCACGGGGAGCCCAAAGUGCUGCUGAUGACGAGGACGACGGUGGCGACAGUGACAUACAGUCACACCAGCCCGUUAGUUUACAAGCAGAAAUGGGUAAUGUGUGAUACACUCUAUUUCCUCUUAAAAUAUAUUUACAAUAGUGCCUUACUCACGGGCGUUUAGGCACGGCGACUGCCUUAUGUCAAGAAAGCCUGAACCGGGACUUUCCCGACGAACUAAGGUCUUGUUACUCAAUAUGCCGACGAUGUGUGUCCUUGUGUUUUUGUAUGCGGCGGUAAACCAAAAUGUUUGCACCUCAUCAGUCAGGUAAUUGAUAAAACUAAACGCUAAAGAUACAUACAGCCAGUCUGAGAAUAAAUUGUAGGUUUUCAUUCCCAAACUGGAAGGAAAAAACAAGCUGAUAAUAACAGUUACAGAACCAGGAAGUAGAUUGGAGCAUUAGCAGAUGUGAUAAGAGUAAAACAAGAGAGUGUGCCUUGGUGAUUAUCUUUCCACCUGACCUUUAAUAAAGAAGAGAGUGCAGUAUUCUGGGUGGAACAACAAAUUAGUUCCAAUAUUAAAACAUGGCUGCUCAUUCCACGUUUUCUUAAAGUGACAGCGUUAUUCUGACAUUAACAGUAAACCUUAAACCUGCAUCCUGAGACAGGUCAAUCUGCUCCACCCUUUAAGGUCACGCACCAGAUUUUCUACUUUUGAUUUCCCAUAUGUCAAGUAGGCAUUGCUAAAUAUCCAAAACCGCAUUCAUGUUUUUGUUUUAUUUUAACGUAUUAUCAGCUCACAAAGUUGUCCCGGCUAACAUGUUAGAAAACAUUUGCCUGUUUAAACACCCAGCAGACAUUGAUCAACAUUAGCAUUCAUAUCCUCCUGUUGAACUGCAACAUUCACACUUCUUUUAGCUUUGUUUGGUCUCCUCAUUACCAAGCAGAUAAUCUCUUAUGAAAAGAUGCAUUGUGGGAGAUGUAGGCCUAAAAAGUAAAAGUCAUUAUAUCUCAGCCUUUGAUUUUAAUCAUUCUUUAAAAAUCUGUCUAAUGUAAGUCCUUUAUCAAAGUGCGAUACUGAAUCGCUGGAGGAGCCCUUUGAAGACCCCAAUGAGCUAAUCAUCCAAAUAUAUCAUUUUCACCAGAUCUAGAUCAAAACACAUAAUUUCAGGCAUGUUUUUUUUCAACUUGAUUCGUGUGAAUGUCAUUUCAUUGUGCCUCAUUUCUUAAAAAACAGAAUAUAUAUAUAUAUAUAAAUACUUGUUAUUCAUAUU